GAACCACCGUUAAUGAGAAGAAGAAGAAGACCCGCUCUAGCAGAGCAAUAACUGAACGCACAUUGUUUGACAGAACCGGAACAACACACACGAGUCUGAUGGCGUCUGUGAGUUUAUUUUGCGCUUUCAGGCGGUUUGUGAGCAGAACUGUGAAGAUGAGGAGAAUCCACGAGUGCUUUUGGACUCAUCGAAUCAGAACUUCAGGCGGAAAAGCUUCAUUGUUUUUCACGGUGACUCCUCUGUCAUAUUUGAUCUAUGAGAGAAUCAAUCAUUUCACAACAGUCUGUGCGCUUGAUACAGCUGAAGAAGUUUUGGAACAUUCCGACUAUCUGUACAGCUCUGGAGAGACACAGAAACUCCACCAACUACUGGUACAGUAUAAAGACAGUGAUGAUGCAGAGUUUCUGUGGCGUUUGGCUCGAGCAUCUCGUGAUCUCUCUUUACUGUCCAGCAUCACAACCGAAGACAAGAAACGACUCACAUAUGAGGCCUUCGACUUCGCCAAGAGAGCGCUGGAGAAAAACGAAUCUUCAUUUGCUGCUCACAAAUGGUACGCCAUUUGUCUCAGUGAUGUUGGUGAUUAUGAAGGGAUCAAAGUGAAAAUAGGAAAUUCCUACAUCAUUAAAGAUCAUCUGCAGCGAGCAAUUGAACUCAAUCCAAAAGAUGCAACUUCUAUCCAUAUUCUGGGUUACUGGUGUUUUGCAUUUGCUGAAUUACCCUGGUACCAACGUAAAGUUGCAGCUGUUAUUUUUGCAUCACCUCCGACGGCGACUUAUGAAGAGGCUUUGGCAUAUUUCCUGAAAGCUGAAGAAGUCGAGCCAAAUUUCUACAGUAAGAACCUGCUGAUGUUGGGAAAGACGUACAUGAUGUUGAGUGACCGCGAGAAGGCCGUGUUGUGGCUCAAUAAAGCACACGAUUAUCCUGCAGUCACAGAAGAAGACAAACAGGUACAUAAAGAUGCUUUGGAUCUUCUCAAGAAACUCAACGCAUGACGAGUGAAAUCAGAACACAGUAUUUUUAUAAGAUGCCUUAAUGGUCUUUUGUUGUUUUUUUCUUCACAUAUAUGAAAUGACCUACAGAUAAUUGAUUGUGUAUGGUGAUUUGCUGUUCAUCAUUUUAGACUGAAUUACCUACUAUACUUAAAAUCUAAACAAAUACUUUGUAUUGAAGUGAUUGUUACAGAUUUCCAUAUUUUAAUGAAAAGGCAGAAUGUGUUUAUCGUAUAAGUGAGACGAGGUAUGACAAAAAAAACCUCGAUGAGACCAUCUGACACAUGAGUCCACAGGUCCAACAAAGAGAUUUUGGACCAACUGAAAAUCAACAUUUGGCACAGAUUAUUACAAGAUUAAAGACUGGAGUGUUUAUUGUAAUUAAUAAGUGAUGAAAAUGAGCAUAUUUAUCCAGAGAUCGGUGUGCUUUUUGCUCUUAUACCUGAAAACUACAAGAAUAUUUUAAAAUGUUCUCAUUUAAUUAUUCUAGACAUCCUUGAAAGAACCGACUCAAAAAUUAAAAUAUUAUGUAAUUUAAAUUAAUGGUUUUCUCUAGAAUAUGCUACAAUGAAUGUGGUGGUGUUAACACUACUUAUGAAUCAUUGUUUUUGUCUUGUGGCAUUAAUAAAUCAAAUUUCAAAAUG